AUGGUAUUGUCGUGUUAUGCUGAGACGCUUGGAAUCGAUAGGGACAACAUCGGGAGAAGAAACUAUAAAGAUGAGGACUAUACGCCUGCUUUACACCAUACAAAGACGCAUAAGACACCGCCAUUACAUCGGGGAUCCGAGAGUAUCGCUGCCAUAAACCGGCGAGUUCCCCUUUCUCCGUGCAAUAUUGUUACCCCAACAAUGGAACGGCAAAUCCGAAUCAAUGUGCCCGCUAUGGGGGCCCUGCGGCUUUAUUUAACAUCCAUUUCCCCAUUUCUUUGCAUUGAUUUCGCGCUCAUCCCUUCUUGUAAAUACGGAAUCACUAUCUACGUGCCUUCAGACUUUCUGCUACACCCAAUCUUCGACGUUGCCGUUUGGUAUGACUUGACUGUUGGCGGCACUAUUACCGAGCUGCUAAUCUCGUUAGCAGGGCUCCCUCGCCGUCUGCCUAAUGAACCUCCUCUAAUCCCCUUGUCCGCGCCUCCUCCUCCUAUCUCGUAG